CGGACAUGGCGUCUACCUGCCCGGCGGCAGUAGCCGGCUCCGGCGCCGCGGUUCGCAGGUCUGGGCAGAAAAGCGGCUCGAGCUUCAGUCGUGGGGCGGAAGGAGGUGGAGGGGGCGGCGGCAGCGCGGCCCGGGGGCCCCGGUGUUAAAGCUGAGGGCGCCCGGGGCCCCGGCAGCAGCAGGCAUGGUGUCGCAGGUGCUGCAGCUGCUCCGGCAGGGCGUGUGGGCCGCGCUCACCGGGGGCUGGUACCACGACCCCGAGCAGAGCAAGUUCACCAACAGCUGCCACCUGUACCUGUGGCUGUUCCUGCUGCUGCUGCCCAUGGCCCUGCACCUGGCUUUCCCUCCAAAUGCCAUCACUGUAUUUUUUUACUGCAGUUCAGUGACUCUGUUCUUCACAAUAAUCAAAUUGGUCAGCUAUCGUCUACAUGUCAUGUUUGAUAGAGGAGAAGUAAUUCAGCAAAGGCCCUGCAGAAAGAAAGAAAAGCCAAAGAGAGGCAAAGACGCCAACAGUGAACGCAUAACUAAUCCCAAAAACCCAAGCAAUAACAGGCCGAUGAACAAUGGCAAAAAGGAAGACGCUGAUCAAAUCCGCUCUGUGCCUCCACUCCCCGGCAGCACCAGAGGGCAAAGCACCAACUCUCCUCACUCUUCAGGGCUAUUGGAGUUGCCAGCACAGGAAACAGCAGAAGAUCUCAAAGGUGUCAUUCUGUCAGAAGACCAACCUGUAGCACCAGUGUCGUCUACCUCACCUGGUAUCAAAACAGAAAGCUUACCUGCUUCUAAAGCUUACGUGCCAGAAACCAUGACCAUGUCAGCAAUACCAGCGAAACCAGUUGUGGCAGAACAAAGUGAUAAAGGGAAGGAAAGAGGAGGCAAGAGGCAGCCCCCUUGCCGCCACUGGUCCGAGGGUGGCUUAGUGGAGAAGGAAACCUUAAGGAAGUUGCCACACCUGUCUUUGUCUCAGUAUGACUUACUAGAAACAGAUGUUUCUUUCCAGCCGUGGGGGAGUGAGAAUUCAGUCCUGAUUCCAGAACCCGUGAGUUAUGCCCAGGGCUCCAUAAAGGAACAGUUGCAAAGCAGGUCACCUCAGGACAGCGUGAGCAGCAGCUGCCCUCAGUGUGACACUGUUAUCGCCAAACCUGAGCCUGAGCCCGUGGUCGCUUCUCAGCAGGUGGACCCUCCGUCAAACCAGGAGGUGGACUAUUCAGAUAGUGACGUAGCUGUUACUCUCAUCGAUACUUCUCAACCUGGGGACCCCCUGAGCCUGCACGAACCCAUUAAAAUAGUCAUCACCAUGAGCAGUACCCCAAACUCCAUGACAGACUUGGAAAGCUCGCUCCACCUGAAGGUGACGGGCACUGAGAGAAGCGGGUUAGAGUCUGAGGCUGAGCCAGCUUCCCCAGGGGUGGCCAGUCCUGCAAACCUGGAGCAGAGAAGAAUUCCUGUCAUCACCCUCGAGCUGUCUGAGGAUGAGAGAGGAGACAUUAUGUGUCCGGAAGGCAGUGGGAAGCAGAAGACACCAGAGAGUCUGAGGGUGGAGGCAGACGCCACUCAGCGUUCUGGCGAUGAAUCUGGGGAGGGGGUAAAUUCUGCAAAGGCCUGCAGUCCUCCCCCAGGAGGCCACUGCGAAACAGCCCCUCCACUCACACCCAGUGUGGCCUCUGAGUCCGAGCGGGGAAGGGCAGGCCAGGCUCACCUUGACCCCUCAUCUUGUAAAACCAGCCACGAGAAGAGACAUGCCCGGGUCCUCAGUGUGGAUAGUGGGACAGAUGUCUUCCUGAGCAAAAGUUCCACAGAAAUUGUUAACGAUAAAGACAAAACAAUACCAACUUCCAAAUCUGACCUAGAGGCUAAAGAAGGACAAACACCAAAUGAAUCCAACUUCCUGGAAUUUGUCUCCCUGUUGGAAUCAAUCAAUAGUUCCAAGGUGGUGGCAACCAGCCAAAGGAAUGGCCCAGCAGAGCCGGACAGAGAAAGCGGGCUUCUCAGAGAUAAGUGCUCCCAGGAAAAAAAGGAGGAAACCCUGGAAAGUGAAAAGCCCAGUGGACGCAAUUCCAAGCAAGGAAAACCGGACGUGCUAAGUCAAGACCAUACUAGCACCAGCCCUGUGCUCACUGAACCUGCCAAGAUCACGGCCCUUUUUCAGGGCAAUAGACAAAGACAGAUAAUCUACAGGGUAACUUCCCAACAAGAUAGUUCUGUCUUGCAAGUCAUCAGUGGGCCUGAAACAUCUGUGCAAGACGAGAUAUCUGUGGAUGCUAUGCAUGUCUUCAUUGGUGAACACGGCGAAAUUAGAUCCUGUUAUUUAAAGUCUGGCAAUCAGAAGGAAGGCCCUUUCCAGCAUCAGCCAUCUGAGUAUGACGGUUUCUCUCCUGCUGGAGGGAUGCAGAGCAGCUCCGCCAGCACGUCCACCUCUGACAGUCCAGAUCCUUCUUCCGGGGACCAUGCAGUCAGUGCGCUUCAGCAGCAGCUGUUACUGAUGGUGGCUCGGAGGACCCAGCCGGAGACCCCACGGCAUCUGAGUCAGGAUCUAGAAGACUCGUCAUGCUCUUCAACGCAAGGGAAAUUGAACCGAGAGCAGUUUUACAAGUUUAUCAUUUUCCCCGGCAAGUGGAUUAAAGUAUGGUAUGACCGGCUCACCUUGCUGGCGUUACUCGAUCGAACUGAAGACGUCAAGGAAAAUGUGCUGGCGGUGUCAGUCGUCGUCCUGGUGUCCCUGCUCGGAUUUCUGACCCUGAACCGGGGCUUCUGCACGGAUAUGUGGGUGCUCCUCUUCUGCCUGGUCAUGGCCAGCUGCCAGUACUCCCUGCUCAAGAGCGUCCAGCCUGACCCUGCCUCGCCAAUACACGGACACAACCAAAUCAUAACAUACAGCAGACCAAUCUAUUUUUGUGUGCUGUGUGGCCUUAUUUUGCUUCUUGAUGCAGGGGCCAAGGCCAGCUACCCCCCCACUUACAGUGUGUAUGGCCUGAAGCUCUUCUCUCCAGGGUCGCUCCAAUCAGCUAGGGACCUCUUAAUAGCAUUUUUAUAUUGCUCCCCAGCCAUUUCCCUCCUUGGGCUCUUCCCACAGAUUAAUACUUUCUGCAUUUAUCUCUUGGAACAAAUCGACAUGCUGCUGUUUGGAGGUUCUGCCGUUUCUGGAAUGAUGUCGGCUGUUUACAGCGUGGUCCGCAGCGCCGCAGCUGCCACCGUGCUCCACGUGCUCUGCUUCAACGCUGUGAAGGAACCAUGGAGCGCACAGCACAUCCCAGCAAUGUUUUCAGCCUUCUGUGGCCUCCUGGUUUCGCUCUCCUUCCAUCUGAGCCGGCACAGCAGUGACCCCUCUGUGCUCCUAUCCUUUAUUCAAUGCAGAUUGUUUCCUAAAUUUCUACAUCAAAAUCUGGAGACGCUGGCUGCAGACCCUCUCCCCAAGAAGAUGAAAGAUUCAGUGAAGGAUGUCUUACAGUCGGAUCUCCUCAUCUGCUCGGUGGCUGCGGUUCUGUCAUUUGCAGUCAGUGCCAGCACUGUGUUCCUGUCCUUGCGGCCUUUCCUCAGCGUCGUGCUGUUUGCCCUGGCGGGCGCUGUGGGGUUUGUCACCCACUACCUGCUCCCUCAGCUCCGCAAGCACCAUCCGUGGAUGUGGGUUUCACACCCCAUUCUGAAGAAUAGAGAGUGUGAGCAACGGGAAGUGACAGAUGUCGCCCAUUUAAUGUGGUUUGAACGACUCUAUGUUUGGCUUCAGUGUUUUGAAAAAUAUAUCUUGUACCCAGCGAUAAUUUUGAACGCACUCACCAUUGAUGCAUUUUCAAUAAGCAACUACCGGAGACUCGGGACCCACUGGGACAUUUUUCUGGUGACGCUGGCUGGCAUGAAGCUGUUGCGGACCUCUUUCUGUAACCCAGCUCUCCAGUACAUUCACUUGAGUUUCACUGUAAUCUUCUUCCGUUUUGACUACAAAGAUAUUUCCGAGAGCUUCUUACUGGAUUUCUUCAUGAUGUCCAUUUUGUUCAGCAAGCUCAGGGACCUGCUUCUGAAGUUACAGUUCGUCAUAACAUAUGUGGCUCCUUGGCAGAUGGCUUGGGGUUCUUCAUUCCACGUGUUUGCUCAGCUCUUUGCAAUUCCUCAUUCUGCCAUGCUUUUCUUUCAGACAUUUGUCACGUCAAUCUUUUCUACUCCAUUGAGCCCAUUUCUUGGGAGUGUCAUUUUCAUCACUUCGUAUGUCAGGCCAGUGAAAUUCUGGGAGAAAAACUACAAUACGAGGCGCAUGGAUAAUUCCAACACGAGACUGGCAGUCCAAAUUGAAAGGGAUCCAGGGAACGAUGACAACAAUCUCAAUUCCAUCUUUUAUGAGCACUUGACAAGGGCCCUCCAGGAAUCCCUCUGUGGAGACUUAAUUCUUGGUCGAUGGGGGAACUACAGCUCUGGCGACUGCUUUAUUUUGGCCUCAGAUUACCUCAAUGCUUUUGUUCACCUGAUUGAAAUUGGAAACGGGCUUGUCACCUUCCAACUUCGAGGACUGGAAUUCCGAGGAACCUAUUGCCAGCAGAGAGAGGUGGAAGCCAUCAUGGAAGGCGACGAGGAUGACGGAGGAUGCUGCUGCUGCAAACCGGGCCACCUACCACACCUGUUGUCCUGCAACGCGGCCUUUAACCUCCGCUGGCUCACCUGGGAGGUCACGCGGACGCAGUACAUCCUGGAGGGCUACAGCGUCAUAGACAACAACGCAGCCCCCAUGCUGCAGGUGUUCGACCUCCGCAGGCUCCUCGUCCGAUACUAUGUCAAGAGUAUAAUAUACUACAUGGUAACAUCCCCCAAACUCCUGUCCUGGAUCAAAAAUGAGUCUCUCCUGAAGUCCCUGCAGCCGUUUGCCAAGUGGCAUUACAUCGAGCGUGACCUUGCAACGUUCAACAUCAACAUUGACGACGACUACGUUCCGUGUCUCCAGGGGGUCACACGCGCCAGCUACUGUAACGUCUAUCUCGAAUGGAUCCAGUACUGUGCACGGAAAAGACAAGAGCCCUCCAAGGCCCUGGACAGUGACGAGGACUCUCCGUUAGUGACCCUGACCUUCGCCCUGUGCAUCCUCGGGAGGAGAGCUCUGGGAACAGCCGCGCACAGCGUCGCUCUCAGCCUGGACUCUUUCCUGUACGGGCUUCACGCGCUCUUCAAAGGUGACUUCAGAAUAACAGCACGAGAUGAGUGGGUGUUCGCUGACAUGGACCUUCUGCAUAAAGUCGUUGCUCCAGCCAUCAGGAUGUCCCUCAAGCUUCACCAGGACCAGUUCACGUGCCCUGAUGAGUACGAGGACCCAGUGGUCCUCUACGAGGCCAUCCAGUCCUUUGAGAAGAAGGUGGUCAUCUGCCAUGAGGGCGACCCGGCCUGGAGGGGCGCAGUGCUCUCCAACAAGGAGGAGCUACUGACCCUGAGGCACGUGGUGGACGAGGGCACCGACGAGUACAAGGUCAUCAUGCUGCACAGGAGCUUCCUGAGCUUCAAGGUGAUCAAGGUCAACAAGGAGUGUGUCCGCGGGCUGUGGGCCGGGCAGCAGCAGGAGCUCAUUUUCCUGCGGAACUGCAACCCCGAGCGCGGAAGCAUCCAGAACAACAGGCAGGUCCUCCGCAACCUCAUCAACUCCUCCUGCGACCAGCCGCUGGGCUACCCCAUGUACGUCUCCCCGCUCACCACGUCCUACCUGGGGACCCACCGGCAGCUGAGGAACGUGUGGAGUGGGCCCGUCACUGUGGGCAGCAUUAGGACGUGGCUGCGGACCAAGUGGGUAAGAAUUCGGAAGGACUGCGAUGCUGGCCCGCGCACUGCUGGCAACGCAGACGAUGUGGACGGAAGGGGGCGCCCGUCCGCAGGCGGCAGCAGCGCCCCGAGUGGGGAGAGCCAGGAGAGCAGCACAGAACAGCCCAGAAAACAGGGAGCCCACCACUGGUCACCCCGGGAAGGGCCACGGCGGACAGGCAGGAGGAAAGGCAGGAGUCAGUCUGUGCAGGCCCACGGGGCGUUAAGCCAGAGCCCGGCCAUCCUGAGCUCAUCAGGCCCGAUCUUAGAAAGCCACCAGGCCUUCCUGCAGACGUCCUCGUCGGUCCACGGGCUGGCCCCGAGGCUCUCGGGCAGCCGGCUGUCCUUACACACCUCUGCCGCGUCCCUGCACUCACAGCCCCCGCCUGUCACCACCACCGGCCACCUGAGCGUCCGCGAGCGGGCCGAGGCGCUCAUCAGGUCCAGCCUGGGCUCGUCCACCAGCUCCACCCUGAGCUUCCUCUUCGGCAAGCGGAGCUUCUCCAGUGCUCUCGUCAUCUCCGGCCUCUCUGCCGCAGAGGGAGGCAGCACCAGUGAUACCCAGUCAUCCAGCAGCGUCAACAUCAUGAUGGGCCCCUCGGCGCGGGCCGCCAGCCAGGCCACACGGCACUUCUCCGAGCCAUGUGAACCCACCGAGGGCCUCGAGCAGAGGCAGCUUCACGGCCGCCGUCGGGCUGAGGUGGUGGCUGAGGGCCUUGGGGUGGUCUGCAGAAGAGCCAGCCAGGAGGACAUCGGCCUGGACGACACGGCUUCCCAGCAGAGCGCCUCCGAUGAGCAGUAGGCGCACAGGACUGGAAGGGCCCCCACGGCCGGGACAGACGGAUCCCACAGCUUCCCCUUUCUUUUUCUCCCUUCUCCCCAAAACUGAAAAGAGCAAAUAUUGCCAUCCACAUGAGGCCCUUCCUGUGGAAAAAUGAGAGCUGUUGUAGAAAACUGAAUAACUUUAUCUCAGGAUCUUGAAAAACAUCUCACACGAUGAAAAACAACCACUUGACGCCAGGCCUCUUACCCCCCAUGCUGCUCCAAGCACUCACUGCGCCCAGGGCUGGGACCGGGAGGCACAAAAUGCUUUCCAGAACGUGAAGAUUCAAACAAAAGCCAUGCACCAUCUUCACACAACUGGGGGAGAGGGGCGCAUAAAUAACUACCUGAUGGAAGUAUGACAGCUGCAUGUUACGUAACUGGCGUGUCAUAGAAUCAUACCACCGCCGGUCCAGUGCACUACUGUUAUGCCCAUGCAUAAAGAAAAUCUCACUUCUUUAUAAUAUUUAUGCAGAUGUUAAGUAUAAACCGGCGACAGCUUCAUUGCAAGAAACGUGGUAGUGCAUGCAGCCCUGUCCACAAUGCCCUGUGCCACAGCCAGCUGUCCCUGGAGAGGGGAGUGUGGGAGUCUGGUCCACGUCCACACGAAGCCGGAAGCCGUCCUGGGAGGACAUGACGCUGGGCGGGCAGAGUGAUUCCCACAGCUGCCAGGCUGGCCCUGCCCCCGUGCCCCGUGCCCCAUGGGACCUCCGCUUGUACUCCAAGCCAAGCAGUCCCUACGGUGUCACUUGCACAUGCCUUUGUUUGGGGAAUUAAAGGGUUUAUAGUUAUUGCUGUGUCCAGUUGCUUGAGUUCUGCUGAAACUGUUAUUUCUAAAAAAUGAAUCUGUGAAAAUGACAUUUGGGCAAAUUCUGAGACAUCUUUUCCCAUCUUAAGAUUUCCAUGGGGUAGAACAGAAAGAUGGCUGGCUCCUUGCUCACAGGAGGCAGGGCAAGGAGCCAUGGAAAUCUUAAGACACAGCCCACAAAGAAUGGCAUCCGUGACCCGCUGAAAAGACCACAGUUAGAAACACUGAAUUUGGAAACAGUCUUACAAAUUUCAAGGUCUCUAGGGUUUGGCAGUGUGGGGUGAGGCCAGGGUAUUAUACGUAAUUCCUUACUCCUUGGAAAUAGAUGGUAAUAUGAUUUUUGUUUUGUUUCGGUUAAAAAAAAAUUAUCAAUCAAUAACAAUAGGUGGGCUCUAUAGUCCGAGUGCAUUAUUCUCAGACCAGCAGCCACUGGAGACAAAAACUUGGUGCUUCUGAUUUAUAUGCAGAUGAUUGUCGAAUGAGGGGCUGAUAAAACCUCAUGUAGUUCUCAAAGUUGGUCAAACCGACUCAGCUGGAGCUCCUGAAAUCCUCUUGGGCAACUUUGUGGCCAAGCCCUGGGCACCAUAUGGCAGGUCCUGAGCUGUGAGUGGGGCCUCCCCAUGUAGAGUGUCUCCUUGAAUUUAGUAAGAAAAAUGAUGCACAACUGGCCACUCCUUGUGCGUCCAGAAGGAAUAAACAGAAAGCCACCAGGUCCAACAGAAGUUGAAACCUCCCGGGAAGCCAACCUGUAAAGGACCAUUCGGAGGAGAAGGCCGAAGGGCCCUGGGGGCACCAGCAUUUCCUUCCUGGGGAAUCUCCCGGGCUCCUCCGACUGCUGAACCACCCCUAUCCCACUGCUCAGUGCAGCCUUUGGGGAGGCCAGGGGAGAGGAAAAUUUAUGGUUUAGCCACAACAGCAGACACUAAUGUAACGAGUCACCAGUGAAGACGGAGACAGCUGUGAGCCGGUCCUGCGCGUACUUCCGCCCACAGGUGCGCGUGCCUGAAAGGGAAGAGCGAUGUCGAACUCGCCUCACAACUCUUUGUGGCUUUCACAGAUGCAGUCACGUUUUCGUUUUGUUUUCUUAAUUGUGGAAAACAACUUUUAUCUUUACAACUCAUGAGCUUGUGUGGGGACAGAGUCUCAGAGAGCAGUUUCCAGGCUGUUGGCCUCACAUGUAUAGGUGCUGGCUCAGGUCGUAGACGGCCAUCAGGGGUGGCUAGUUGGCCGUCAGCUGUAACCAGUGAGCCAUUGGCCACUGAUAUAACUGCCGUGGCUACGCUAGGAAGUGCACAUUGCAGUUAGCACGUGGGGUCGGUUGGCAGAGAAGCGCAUGGCAGAUUGC